AUGGAACCAGGAACUGAAUUCUGUGAGAUUGAGAAUAGGGAUGUUCGGGUCAAUGGAAAAAUGUCCUCAAUGUACGUUCUUUCAUCUCAAGGGGAGAAUGUGAUAGCAGCUGGGAAUCACUCAUGGACUAUAAGACCUUAUGCUCGAAAAGAUGACGUAAAAGCAAUAAGCCUCAUUAGGAAAUGGUCAGUGAAACAAGUAAGUACUGGUGAUCACCAGGAAUCAAUCCCUAAAUGUACCAGAAAUCAUAGUGUUCCAGCCAUCUUGUUUUCUAUUGGUGGAUAUACAUUAAAUCAGUACCAUGACUUUGCUGAUGUGAUCAUUCCACUCUAUAUUACUUCUCGAAAAUAUAAUGGAGAAGUUCAGUUCCUUAUCACUGAGAAUCGUAUUAAGUGGAUUCAAAAGUUCCAAGAAAUACUAAAAGGACUUUCCAAGUAUGAGCUUAUUGACAUUGACAAAGAACUAGAACAAGUCCAUUGCUUUCCAAGCGUAACGGUUGGCCUGAAAACAUCUCGCAAGGAAAUGACCUUUGAUCCUUUGAGAUAUUCAUAUUCUAUGAAAGACUUCAGAGGGUUUCUAAGAACCACUUAUUCAUUAAAGAGAGCCAAUGCCAAUGCAAUCAAAAUCAGAGAUGGACAGCAUCAACUAAAAAAGCCUCGGCUUCUCAUCAUAUCAAGAAACAGAACAAGGUCUUUCACAAAUACGGGCGAAAUAACUCAGAUGGCAAGAGACUUGGGGUGCAAGGUAACUGUGGCGGAGGCUGACAUGAAUGUGUCGAAUUUGGCAAAUGUUGUGAAUUCUUGUGAUGUGAUGAUGGGAGUUCAUGGAGCUGGUCUUUUGAACAUGCUUUUCCUACCCGAAAAUGCAAUUUUUAUCCAGAUAAUUCCAGUUGGAAAGUUCCAAUGGAUUUCGACAACAUACUAUGGAGGGCCAGCAAAGGAUAUGAAUCUAAAGUAUUUGGAAUAUAAGAUAAGCAAUGAAGAGAGCACACUGAUACAGCAAUACCCACUUGAUCAUGCAGUUUUUACUGACCCUAUCUCAAUUGGAAAACAAGGGUGGAUGGUAUUCAAGUCAAUCUAUCUGAACAAACAAAAUGUAAAGCUUAAUGUCACUAGGUUUAAACCCACGUUGUUAAAAGCCCUUGAGCUUUUGCAGCAGUAG